CGGUGUUACGUCUGAUGUUGCCAAGCAACCUUAGAUCAUCAACAAAGCCUGCCAGGACGCGCACGUGACAGAGAGUAAACGACGGAAGAAAUAUACACUCGUACAUCCAACAACAUGUCGUAUAAACGUUAUUUGGGCUGUCAUAGCAAAUUAUCGAAAGAGGACCAGAAGUUUUACGACCUUAAGAACAAAGCGGCAGAGUACUACAUGUCUAACGGGGUACCGGAGAAGAUAGAGGGCGUCCUGAACGAGAUGUUUUUCCAAAAGCCCCAUGACAUCUAUGGUUAUCUGGCAAACUACUUUUCCAAGUUUUCUUGUACUCCCGUGAUUAGUAAUAUCACUGGAAGUGAGGUGUAUGAUGGAAGAGGACUGGCAGCGGUUCAGGCAAAUGUGUACUGCGUCAUCAGAAAUGAGAAAAAGAUGGUUUGCAGUGCAGUGAUGGGUGGCCCUUUUGAUAAUCUGUCUGAAGGCAUUGCAGAUUCAGGAGGCACGGUUUAUAACAGUGACCACCAGCAACAGCUUUCCGUAACAACAGCUCUUAAGUGGAUCAGAGAGCACCUCAGUCCAAUGCUGCACGGAUUCAACCCCACUGACCAAACCAAUCUAGACAAACUGCUCAGUGGUUUCCUUUUGGCACGUUACCUGGAAGACAAGAAAAGCUGUGAAAAAGUGGAGGGAGUGGAGGAGAAGUCAGAAAUAGUUUCUGAAGCUCCGCCCCAGGCUCCUCCCCCCACGGUUCCUACUAAAGACAAAAAGGGAAGCGAAAAAGGUAAAAAAGCGCAAAGCACAGAGAAGCUUUUUCCUCCUGCAGAACCCCCAGUGCCCAGGCUGCCAGGGGCCAUCGCAGUGGGUGUGGUUUCAUUGGCCGUAGCUAAAACGGCUGCCCAACUUAUAGGAGCGCCCUUAUACAGACACAUCACAUCAAUAAGAGUCCAGCAGGCUCCAAAUAAGAUUCACAUGCCCACGCCAAUGAUUACAAUACUAAGCUGUGGAAAAACCUCUCUGGGUAAACUCAACCUAUUGGACGAGGUCAUCCUACUACCCACAUCAUCACAAAGAGUCCGACAAGUCAUUGGCAUGGGCCUUGAGUUGCAGUCUGAAAUGAGGAGAAUUGUUAAUGGAUCUGCAUGUAAAGCUGGGCCUGUGGGUAUAUCAGAAGCGGGAUCAUUACAGAUCGGGUUUGAACGUCCUGAACAGGCUCUGGAUCUGGUCACAGAGGCGUGUACCAACCUGAAGCUGCCUCUUGGUUCGGACCUGCGCUUAGCUGUAAACUGCGCUGCUCACUGUCUCAUGGAUUAUUCACGUGGAAAGUACGAAGUGAUGUCAGGGUGUCACAAAUCCCCAGAUGAGUUGGUGGACCUGUAUGAGGGUCUGAUUAAUAAAUAUCCAUCUGUCGCAGCCCUCAUUGAUCCUUUCAGAAAAGAGGAUGUAGAACAGUGGCAAAAGCUGACCUCGUUGAUUGGUCAGUCAUGCUGCUUGAUUGCAGAUGCUGCCUCCAAUCCCUGUCCUUGCUGGAUUGAUGCGAAACCCCUCCCACCUGGGGUCACCAGGACUUUUAUUAGGCAUCACAGUGAUAUGACAAUCUCUGACCUUAUACAGGGAUUAACAGACAGAAGCGAGACGAUAUUGGCUGCAGACAGUGCUGAGACUGGUGAUACAUCAGUUGUUGACCUGGCCGUAGGGCUGGGUGUGUCUUUUCUCAAACUGGGCGGGUUGAGAGGUGGAGAACGAAUGGACAAAUACAAUCGUUUGACGGCGAUUGAAGAAGAACUGGAGCAGGAGGGGAUUUUGGGUGCCAGAGAAAAUAAACUGCUUCAGUCGGAUCCAUCAGAAACACUUACGGCUGUGAUUCUGUGAACGGGUCUCAUAAAUGACAUCAGGCUUGC